AUGGAUACAAAUUCCAGAUCUUCAAUCCUCGACGACCCUGAUUUGCUUGCUUCACAGUCACUUAUCCACAAGGCUGCAGCAGCUCUCGCUCGAAAUGAUCUUCUCGUCGCUCGAAAAAUCUAUACCGAGGUCCUCUCGCACACUCCUUAUAAUAUCCUCGCCUAUGUAGAUCGUUCGCAGGUACAUCUUAAGCUUGGUUAUCCCGACCUUGCUGCUGGUGAUGCGUAUCGAGCUCUACUACUCGGCGAUGCUAUUCGAGAAACGGUGCAAGAUAGAUCGAUAAUAUCACGGAAAGAGAAUGGCGAAUAUGACGACGAGGAAGACGAUAGUGAGUGGGGAAUAGGCGAGCAGGCAUUCGUUACAACAUAUUCUCAUAUUCGCCUUUUAUCCGAGCGGGUUCUUCCCGAAGACCAAAUUAAGAAGCUUCUGAAGACCUCCGUGGACGGAAUGGAGGCUACAGCUUUGUUCACUCUGGCUCGGGCAUUGAAAGAGGCAAGAUGUUUUAUGGAUGCUCUGACAUAUUGUAAAAUGGGACUCGAACGAUAUCCAGAUGCCGCAGCUUUGCCCGCACCAAUCAAUUUCCAAGCCGAAACAGAUGAAAUUCAUCAAACGAUGGAGCAAAAGAAGACAGAAGAUCCUAGAUUCAAACUCAAUCCAGACAUACUCUUUAGGCACGGCGGCUGCAGGAGGGAAGUCUACCCUUGGAACCACCACGAGCCUGACAGGGUUGUGGACCUACCUAUUUUACAAAAGAGGCAGGACCCUCUGAACAAAUUAGAGCUAUCGGACAAAGUGUCAGGUUCAGAGAAGCAACUCGGUGUCUAUGCGAAAGAAGAUAUCUAUAUUGGAGAAACAUUCUUCAGGGAAAUGUCGCCUUUGACUGUGCUUUCGGAUCCGGAGUAUUCGAGGCUGUGCGAGUUUUGCGCGGCAGACCUUGGAGACACAUAUGAAACAUGUGAAGACUGCUGGGAGGGCGAUGAAGAAAGUGGAAUCAUGUGGUGUUCAGAAAAAUGCAAAGAGAACGCAAUGGAGAAAUAUCAUCCUGCCCUUUGCGGUAGAGAUUUCGGCUGGGUUUACCGUUCCAUCAAUGCUAGUAUCUCCACAAGCUCUGCACACUCGCUUCUGUUGCUAAAAACUUAUGCAACUGCGAUAACAUUGGAUACACAUCCUCUCGAGCUGCCCGAGGUUAAAUAUCUUUACGGUGUUAACCGUGUUGGAACCUUUCCAGACUACAAACCAACUGCCCUCGAGCAGCAAGCUCUCCCAUUCAACUUCACGAACCAGGUCACUCGUCCAAUUCAAAUGCUAAUGGAGAUGGAUGUGGACAUUUUUCAGCCAAAUGCAGUUGACUUUUUUGAUCUAUGGGUGAUUCAGACCCUAUGGGCAAAGUUUAUCGGUGUUGCGAGUGCAAGGGUACACAAAAGGACGGGGAGGACCGAGAUUGCCGCGGUCCACAUGCUUUACUCAAUGUUCAAUCAUUCAUGCGAACCUAAUAUCAGUUGGGAGUGCGGUGGUGAAGUGAAUUUCACUGGGUUCUCCCGCGCACUUGGGAGAGAGGCAGAGCUCAACACACAGGUCGUGGCUGUGAAAAAGGGAGAAGAAUGUUUUAGUCAUUACUGCGAUAUUAGUCUGGACUAUCGGGAGCGACAGGAACAUGCUUGGGGCCCCCUAGGUGGUAGAUGCAGCUGUACACGAUGUACUAGAGAGGAAGAGGAGGAAGCGAAAGGGCUAGCGAAAAUCUCAGAGCUCUCGAUCGCAGGUAAAUAA